CACGGAGAGACAACUCGAACUGUUCUUGUUUUACGUAUGAUCCACGAUGAAGGCUCGCGGACUUGGUUGACGCACGGCUGACAAGGGUAAAUUUACAGCGCAUCUUCUGAUCACCGACCCUUCGAUUUCCCACCCAAAUAUACGCUCGCAUGGACUCGAUGUCCACAUAUUUCCAAACGCAUAUACUUCCGGGUUCCCGGAAACCCGCCCCACCGGCAUGGAACCCAUCAUCGAGAAUCCGAACCCCCAUGUGCACUUAGACCGGCGCGGAAGGUUACUCCCACCCACCCACCAUCACUUCUCUGUCGUCCGGGUCGAUGCGUAUAUAUAACGCAAGGCUUCGAGCACGCGGCUCGAACGUCAGGACCCCCCGCCCAUACCCAUGCUGCGCUUCCUAUCGUCCCUCUCCGUGCUCGUUGCGGCUAUCAGCGUGCUGCCGCGCGCCGCGGCCGUGCUGGUCGACUUCCAGGUCGCGGUGCCCCCGAUCGUCCCUGCGCACGCGAAGCAGUGCACGGUCGAGAUCUUCACACACGAUUUCGCGCAGUUCGGGGUCGCCGCGCUGGCGGACUACACACCGCCGACGGAUUGCGGGGAGCCGGGGACAUGGGCCGCGAUCUCGCUGAACUUCACGGUCACUAGCAACGGAACGCAAUUCGAUCGACUCGGCGUAUUCACCUUCCAGAACGUCGAAAUCUGGCGGACAUCGACCCCGGAACCAACCGCGGCUGGCAUUAUCUGGACUUACGUCAAGGACGUGACGAAAUACACCCCGCUGUUCGCUAAGCCGGGUCUGUUUAUCGGCCAGCUGGACAACAUCAUCGAGACGGGAUUGAACGGGAUUUACUCGAGUACUAUGACGGCGACAUUCUACGCGUCUUCGCCCGCUGCUCCUCCGGCGAAACAGGCUGAUUUGAUCAUUCCUCUGUCAACACUGCUGAAUACGACCGGAGACGCAGCUUCCGUGCCUCCCGCCUUCUCAAUCGAGGUGACGCUCCCCCAGAAUACUAUUGAAGUAUAUGCCGAGCUGUAUCCCUCCGGCAACGGCAACGAAGGUUAUUUUAGUUGCGAUAAAAUUAAACUGAAUCUCAGUUCGACUUGCAGAGUUCUGGGUGCGCUUCGAACCAUUGUUGAACCAGACUGUGAUGAUGCUGAGGCUCGAAACAAGUACACCAAUGUCGCCAACAGGGUAAGCAUCGUUAAAUUGUCCUGGAUGCAUGCUCAAGUCAUCCAGUUCUCGUCGGAGGUACCAGGAGCGCUAGGACAAGGUCCUUUCCGCGAAGUUCGGUUACUGAUCGACGGACGCGUCGCUGGUGUUGCCUUCCCGUAUCCGGUAGUGUUCACGGGUGGCGUGUCGCCGACUUGUUGGCGCCCGAUUACCUCCUAUGGAGCCGUAGAUCUUCCUAGCUACUUCCUGGACGUGACCCCGUUCGUGCCUCUGCUCGUCGACGGAAAACCGCACAACUUCACGAUCGAUGUCGUCUCGGCGGAAGCCAACCACGCGAUCCUUGCGAACUGGUUCGUCUCCGGCAACCUCCAAGUCGUGACGGACGCGUCGUCGGCCCCGACGACGGGCCGCAUGAUCUCUUACUCUGCGUCGCCGUUCGCUGCGACGACGAGCAAGGCGACGACGCGUAACGGGGACGUCGAUAUCUCCGUGGCCGCGACGCGGCACCUCGAGAUCGUGUCGGAGAUCGUCAGCGGGAGCGGAGUGACGACUCAGGUCGAGUGGGCGCAGAACCUGAGCUUUGUCAACGACCAGGCGUAUUUGAAUAACUUCCUCGUACAGAACGUCUUCCAAGUGUCGUCUGGUAUCGCACGCUCGUUGCACAACGGGGUCCCCGCGGUGCUCGACAACUUUACGUUCCCGUUCACGCUCAAUUUCACAUCGUUGAACGCAGCUGGAACGUCAUUCUUUGCGGGUUUCGAUCACUCGUACAACCGACAUCUGACGCCCAGUCCGUUCCUGCUGAGCACCACCAUCUCAGAGCGACAAAUGGCCGGCGGCGCAUUUACCAUCGCAUCGACCGGAAACUUUGGGAGCAACGGGACCAGCGAGAACACGAUAAGCUACGUCGACGCCGCGGGCAACACGUUCGCACGCCAAGUCAACGCCGCAUCCAAUGUCAUCACGCUGGACCACCAAAGCGGCACGCUCAGCGCUAGCAGUGUCGCCCCGGCGCCUUUGGCUCAACCUGGCGUGGUUGGGGGAUCGGACGAGUCGUUUGCGGCGGCGAGGCUUCCAGCGGUGCUGCAGGCGCGGAUUUCAGGCCAAUGAUUGCGUUUAUCGAUAACACACGCGUUAGUCUGUCUGAUCAACUCAUCUGGGCCUUUGCGUAGUACGUCGAGAGUUCAGGAAAUAAUGAAUGAAAUAUCAUUCUGCUUCGUUCGAAGCGUGCAUCCUGGAUGUUCAUCGAAUAGACUGGAAGCAGAUUGAUUGAGGUUGGGUCACGUGGGACGGUCCUUACGCGAUCACGUGUUAUCCCCUCCAUAAGCUCUUCCUCAGACUUUGACGAAACAACGAAUUCAGUUCUUAUCCUGGGCAGCUGAAAAAAAACAUCAGCAUCAAAUUCACAGAGAGCGAGACUGCAAAGCUGGUUCAUUUGCAUGACAGUGUUCGUAUGUGAGGUGCUUGGGGCAGAUAAGAGGCUGGUCAGAUCUUCCUUUCCG